CAAGGAGCUGGCGCUAAAGGAGCUGUGUGUCUUGAUGGGACAUUACCUGGUUAUCACAUUGAUCUGGGCUACGGAUCGGGAUCGAACAGUUGGCUCAUUCAAAUGGAGGGUGGUGGAUGGUGUAACACCAUUAGAUCAUGUGUUUACCGCAAGACAACACGGCGCGGGUCAUCAAACUUUAUGGAGAAAAAUCUUCCAUUUACGGGAAUCUUGAGCAAUAAGGCCGAGGAAAAUCCAGAUUUUUACAACUGGAAUAGAAUUAAAGUCCGCUAUUGUGAUGGUGCAUCAUUCACUGGAGAUAGUGAAAACCAGGCUGCACAGCUACAGUUUAGAGGGCAGCGCAUAUAUCAAGCAGCAAUGGAUGAGUUAAUGUUGAAAGGAAUGCGUCACGCUGAACAGUCUCUUCUUUCUGGAUGCUCUGCUGGCGGUCUUGCUUCAAUAUUGCACUGUGAUGAGUUCCGAAGUUUAUUUCCAAGUAGUACUAGAGUGAAGUGCUUGAGUGAUGCUGGACUGUUUAUGGAUGCAACAGAUGUAUCAGGUGGUCGUAGCCUAAGGAAUGUCUUUGCAGGGGUAGUAAGCGUACAGGAUCUUGUGAAAACCCUGCCACAAUCUUGUACAUACCACUUUGAUCCAACCUCAUGCUUCUUUCCUCAGAAUUUGAUUGACAACAUCAAGACUCCUCUCUUCAUUCUCAAUGCUGCCUAUGAUUCAUGGCAGCUCCAAGAAAGUUUGACUCCUCCUUCAGCUGACCCAAAUGGCAGCUGGCACAGCUGCAGAUUAGACAACCAGAAAUGCUCUAAAUCACAGAUUGAUUUUCUGCAAGAGUUCAGAAAUAAGAUGUUGAAUACUCUAAAGGGUAUUACAGCUUCUAAACAAACGGGAUUAUUUAUAAAUUCAUGUUUCGCUCACUGCCAAUCUGAGAGGCAGGAUACAUGGUUCGCUGAUGACUCUCCUGUUAUCCAUAACAAGGCAAUUGCACUUGCAGUGGGAGAUUGGUAUUUUGAUCGAGCAAGAGCAACAUAUAUCGACUGUGCAUACCCUUGUGAUCGAUCAUGUCACAACUUGGUGUUCAGAUGAGCACGCAAUUUUGACUUUUUACAUAUUUUAAUUUUAAUCUUAUACUCCAGCGGGAAAUUUUCGCAAUGUAUAGGAUCUUCAGAAUCAACUGUUCCAAUUCAAUUUGUGUAGUUUGUGAAUUGUUGAGGUUUUGUUUUUUUGUAAUAAAUUGUGUUUAUUUGUCUUUUUAUUUUUGGGCAAUAAUAAAAAUAUUGGUAAUAACCUCAUACAAUAUAUUAGACUAGUAGUUUUUGGGCUA